ACCACGCAAAAACUAACACAAUGGCCACGUACGCUCCACUGUGUACGGAAGUAGCUAGCUGUGCAUUCCCUUUGACUGGCAAUUCAAUUCGUGGAUUGCAAAGCAGUUUUACUUAUUUUGUAGACUUUUAAUGGUCAUGCUGAUAUGGAAAUAUUUAUGUAUUGUUACAGUGUUUUGUUAAAAUGAGAAAAGUAUCGUUUUCUGCAAAAUACGUGGGCUGUUAACCUGAAAAACACAGUAAAAAACUCAAGAAAGUUCAAAAUGAGCACUGAAGAUGUAUUGAAAGAUGCGUCUACUUUGGCGUCCUAUAAUGUAUUAUUACAGGUAAUGUUUCGUGUGCUCACCUUUGUGCUAAAUGCAUUCACGUUACGAUUCGUAUCUAAAGAGCUGAUUGGAGUAGUCAACGUCAGGCUCACAUUACUGUACUCCACAUUAGUAUUUCUGUCUAGAGAAGCCUUCAGAAGAGCCUGUUUAAGUGGAGGAUCAAGGACCAACCACAGCUGGAGACAAGUCAUCAACCUGCUAUGGCUCACGUUACCAUUAGGUGUACUAUGGGCAGUCCUUCUUGUCUGUGUUUGGUUGUGGCUGUUGGAAGUCCCAGACCCCCUCUCGGUGCCGUACUACAGCCCAGCCGUGGUGCUCUUUGCUCUGGGAGGAAUCCAGGAGCUGCUGGCUGAACCGCUCUGGGUCAUGGCUCAAGCUCAUAUGUUUGUUCGACUCAAAGUGAUCUCUGAAAGUUUAGCCAUGAUUGCUAAGUGCAGCAUCACUGUGGUUUUAGUGGUUUUUGGCCGAGAGUGGGGACUGUAUAUCUUUGCAGCAGCUCAUGUAAGACAUUAACCAUCACUUGUGUAUACAGGAACCCUGGUUUUAUGUUACAUUGCCUACUUUGUCCGAUUCUUGGGCUCCAAAGAGGCGUCAGAGAAACGUUUUCCUCUGAGAAGUGUCAAAGAGCUGUUUCCGAGCAAAGCUGAUGGAGAGCCUUUGGUUGACUGGACUCUGGCUCGUCUCACUUGGAGUUUCUUUAAGCAGUCCUUUUUGAAGCAGAUCCUGACUGAAGGAGAGCGCUAUGUCAUGACUUUUUUAAAUGUUCUGAGUUUUGGGGAUCAGGGAGUGUAUGACAUAGUGAACAAUUUGGGCUCCAUGGUGGCACGCUUCGUCUUUCUGCCCAUCGAGGAGAGCUUCUACAUCUUCUUUGCCAAAGUGAUCGAGAGAGGGAAGGACGUCAAGAGUCAAAAACAGGAGGAAGUGACAAUUGCUGCAGAGGUCCUGGAGUGUCUGCUGAAGUUGGUGCUGGUCAUUGGUCUCAUCAUCACUGUGUUUGGAUAUGGAUACUCACAUCUGGCUCUGGACAUUUAUGGA